CGUGCACACGGCGACAAUCUUGGUAGUCAGUCUGCGGAUUGCAGCGAAUUCGCUCAUUUGAAAAAAAUAAAACAUGGCUGGAAGAGGUGGUUAUGAACACGCUAGAGGUGGCUUUGAAGGAGAGCGUCAUGUGAAGCAAUUGCCAACGGAACCGCCAUUUAUUGCGUUCGUGGGCAAUUUGCCACAGGGUCUCGUCCAGGGCGAUGUUAUGAAAAUAUUCAAUGACUUUGAGGUGAAAAACGUGCGACUGGUUAAGGAUCGAGAAACGGAUCAGUUUAAAGGCUUCUGCUACGUGGAGUUUGAAACGCUUGAUAACUUGGAACGAGCUCUGGAAUGCGAUGGACGUAUCAAAUUGGAUGAUCUAUCGGCCCCGCUAAGGAUAGACAUUGCGGGUCGCAAGAAAAAUGACCGCCCUGGUGGCGGAAUUGGCGGCAAUGGCGGCGGCAUGAAUCGCGAUGGUCGGGAUGGGUUCCAGAAGCGCGGACCACCGCGUCAGGGCGGCACCAGUCAAUCGUAUAGCCGAGGCGGCCCUGGCACCGGCGGUGGUCGCGAGGCCGGUGGCGGCUCUGGUAAUCGCGGCGAUAGUAGAGGUUCGUACAAUGAUAAUUAUGGUGGUCACAGUGAUAGAAGUCGUGGCGGCGCCAGCUCCGGCAUGAAUAGAGGAUACAAUGAUCGCCCGGCUAACCGAGGCCGAUAUGGCAACUUCAAUAAUGACGAGAGAUUCGAUCGAAAUCAGGAUCGGGACCGCGGUCAGCGAGAGGGCAGCUAUGGGAAUCAGUCGCGCGAUGGCGACAGAUAUAACAACUUCAGUCGGCAUCGUGAUCGCGAGCGUACCCACUACAAUCCCAACCAGCAGCAGGAACGUCCCACUGGCGUUGGCAUCGGCGCCAUCGGUAACAACUCUAUAAUGUCUGGUUCAGAUUCAAAGAUUGCUCAUGCUGAAUUUCCAAUUGCAGAUGACACGGAGCGGCCACGCCUGCAGCUAAAGCCGCGAACAAUUGCGGCGCCCAUCAAUGCGGUGGCCGAAACCAAACAGGCGGCAACCAUUUUCGGCAACGCCAAGCCCCGGGAAGAGAAACUGAAGGAGCUGCAACAGAACGUCAAUCAAAAUGGCGAUAACUAGAUGACGGCGGCGGUGACGGCGGCGGCUCUGAAAUCUUUAAAUAUGCCUAAAUGAUAUUUAAACCAAGCAAAAAGUAAAAAGCAAAAUAAUAGAAAUGGCCCAGAAGAAGAAGAAGAAGAAGACGACGACGAUGAGACGAGUUGAUGGUAAUGAUAGAGGCAUAUAUCAUUUGUGUGAGAGAGCGGCGUGCAUAUAUAUGAAGAGAGGCGGAAGACGAAGAUGAAGAUGGAGAUGAAAACAAAAACAAUACAAAAUAUAAUUAAUAACUAUGCUAUAUACCUAUUAUAUAAAAAGCUAUGUACUAUGCAUACAUAAUACACAUAAACAACAUACUUGGCUGGCCCUCCCCAUGUCGGCCAACAAACAACCGAGCAACUUAACAAACAAAUAACAAACAACCAAGAAAAGCGGAGACAAACAAAUGUAAUCAGAGCAACAAACAAUACGACAAAAUACUUUCUUACUUCAUGUCUGUUCGUUGGAAAGUGGAACUAAGCGAAUUGUAACUGUAAU